CUUUUUUGUCAUAAUCAAAAAUUUCGACUUAAAAGAAAAUUUCCUCAUUGAAGAACUUUGGAGGAGAAGAAGAGGCUAAAAUCAAAGAUCGAAUCCAUUCAUCUCUGUAUUCAUUUUUCCAGUUCUUCAGCGUUUGCUACGAAACAGACAUAGCAAUGUCGGCUAGAGCUCAUCCUGUGGAGGGUGACGGAGAGCUUUCGCCGGAAAAUAUAUCUUCCCCGCGGCAAACAAAUACACCGUUUGUCCACAAAGUCGAGGUUCCUCCGAAGCAAAACCUAUUCAAUGAGUUCAUGUACACUUUCAAAGAAACCUUCUUCCACGAUGAUCCUCUAAGGCAUUUCAAGGACCAGUCAGUGCCCAUGAAGCUCAUGCUCGGUCUCCAGUCUGUAUUUCCUGUAUUCGAAUGGGGACGAAACUACAAUCUCAAGAUGUUUCGUGGCGAUCUCAUUGCUGGUCUGACCAUAGCCAGUCUCUGCAUUCCUCAGGAUAUUGGAUACGCAAAGCUCGCAAAUCUCGACCCUAAGUAUGGUCUAUUUUCUUUCACCAUCUCUAUAUCCUUACCGUUUUGUAUCAUAUGCUUGCAGUGGAAUUGGCAGACAAUACUUAUUAGUGCAUCGUUCUUGAUCUUCCUUCUCGUCUCUAAGUUCAUUGGGAAGAAGAAAAAGAAACUGUUUUGGAUUCCGGCCGUCGCGCCGUUGCUAUCAGUUGUUAUUUCAACUUUCUUCGUCUACAUAACCCGAGCCGACAAGAAAGGAGUUCAAAUAGUGAAACACCUCGACAAAGGCCUAAACCCUUCUUCUUUGGAACUAAUACACUUCUCCGGCGAUUACCUUCUCAAGGGCUUCCGCAUAGGCGUUGUCUCAGGCAUGGUCGCCUUAACGGAAGCUGUUGCGAUCGGAAGAACAUUUGCAGCAAUGAAAGACUACCAAAUCGACGGAAACAAAGAGAUGGUAGCGUUAGGGGCCAUGAACGUGAUCGGCUCAAUGACUUCUUGCUAUGUAGCCACCGGCUCGUUCUCAAGAUCCGCCGUGAACUUUAUGGCCGGAUGUCAAACGGCGGUCUCCAACAUCAUAAUGUCAAUCGUCGUCCUCUUAACGCUUCUCUUCCUCACUCCUCUUUUCAAAUACACACCAAAUGCGAUUCUUGCAGCGAUCAUCAUCAACGCCGUGAUUCCUUUGGUCGACGUUAACGCCGCCGUUUUGAUUUUCAAGAUUGAUAAGCUCGAUUUCGUUGCUUGUAUGGGAGCUUUCUUUGGUGUCAUCUUUGUGUCCGUUGAGAUCGGUCUUCUCGUUGCCGUUGGCAUAUCUUUUGCUAAGAUACUCCUGCAAGUUACGAGACCUAGGACGGCGAUUCUUGGAAAGAUUCCGCGGACUUCGGUUUACCGGAAUAUCCAUCAGUAUCCUGAAGCGACUAGGGUUCCCGGAGUUAUGAUCAUUCGUGUUGACUCGGCGAUUUACUUCUCCAAUUCCAAUUACGUUAGAGAAAGGAUUCAAAGGUGGUUGACAGAUGAAGAAGAGAAGGUGAAAGAUGUGGCUUUACCUAGGAUCCAGUUUCUGAUCAUCGAAAUGUCACCUGUUACGGACAUCGAUACUAGCGGUAUUCACGCCUUAGAAGACUUAUAUAAGUCUCUCCAGAAACGAGACAUACAGUUGGUUCUAGCCAAUCCAGGACCGUUGGUCAUAGAUAAGCUACACGUAUCUCACUUUGCAGAUAUGUUGGGACACGACAAGAUCUUUCUGACGGUGGCUGAAGCCGUGGAUUCUUGCUGUCCUAAACUUUCCGACGAGGUCUGAAACAGAGAAGAAGAAGAAUCUUGAUGAUGACUCAAAAAGACAAACUGUUGUAUCUUGUACAGACUAAGUUGAGUAGUCAGUGACUUUGCCUUAGGUGUUAUCUGUUAUCCCCAAUGUGUGACAUAUAUAUAGGUCAAGUGUAAAGUUGACCUAAUGUCCCCUUAUUUAAAGCUUUCAUUUGUUUUGCU